CCAGGUUCAUACAUUAAAGUUGUGAUGAACAAGUGCCGCAGUGUCAGAAUAUCAUUGAUGAGAAAAGACUUGGAUACAGAAACGAGUGUCUUACGUGCAAUCCUUUACAGUAAUCACAACAAACUGUGUCAUCACAAGCCAUAUUUGGCUCUCAAACAGGUAGAACAGUGUCUCAAGCGAAUGAAUUAUGUGAACUUGGAGGGAUCCAUUCAAGAUCUUGUUGAGCUGUGUCCCAAUAGAGAAGAUAAACUUGAAAAUACAACAAAGUACAUCAUUCCCAGCCAACCAGUGGUGGAAUUUAUAUUAAUGAAGAUUUUGGGAGCCUGCAAAUUAAUAUUACGUUUAUUAAACUGUUGCUGCAAGACGUUUCUCUUGUCUGUGAAGCAUCUUUGUUUGGAAGAAUUCAUCAUUUUAAACACUGUUAUAACAGGAUUGGUGAGCAGGAUAUGGGUCCUGUAUAAAGAUGCUUUAAAAAAACUUGUCUUUUUUUAUAAUCCUUUGUUUCAAUUGCUACAAGAGAUAUCCAAGAUUCAACCAAUGCCUUACUUCAAAAAUUUUAUUUUUCCUUCUGACCUUAUAGAAUUUUUAGGAGAGGACUAUCUUGAUGUCUUUAAGAAAAAGAUAGUAAAUAAAGGAGUAACAAAAUUGCUUAACAAACUCUUUCUAGCAAAAGAGAAAUCAAAUAAGCCCAUUGAAGAAAUAGCUUUAAAAGUUCUCCCAAAAGCUAAACAAAUGAAGAUAAAGAUAACAGAUAAUGUGGAUAUUGGGAAAGCUGUGCAAAAGAGGAAAAUCUACAGAGAAACAUCAGGAUUUGAUCUGAAGGCUUUUUGCAAACGACCAAAGCACAAAGCUAUCAUGGAUACCAGCUUCAAGUCUCUAUGUUCAGAAAGGAGAAUACGAAAAGUCAUUGGCUCAUCCCAGCCAUUGAUAAGAUCUUCUUGUACUAAAAACCUUGUGCUGAGAAUCCGAGAAGCGCGAUCUUUUACACAACUUUCAGAAGAACUCCAAAGGGCUAUUUUCUGGUGUAGAAGCAAAAAACUGAAGCAUAAAGUCACCUUUCUGGGUAACAAACUUCUAAAAAGUAACCGGCUUAAACAUGUGGAAGCUCAAGGUUGUAGCUUGCCCAAGAAAUUGAAUUGCAUAAAAACAUCCAUCUGUAACUUUCUUCUCCAUGGCUUGGGUAAGAUGUCUUCAAAGUGUCACCCGAGACGAAUCAGUUCACAAAAUAAAUUUAUGAAGCAACAGAGGAAACCACAGAGAAAGUUACAGCCUGCUGUUCUAAAGGAAAUCCAGCAGUUUCUUCAUCAGACUGAGAAGGUUAUCACAAAGAGAGAUGCUAAAAGAACAUUCUCAGACCUUAAAAUUCAUAGACCUGAAAUGACUUCAAAAAAGAGCCAACUGUUGGACAACAAAAAUGCAAAUCUUAUUGAAAAUUGUAGCGUUGCAACAAAGUUACCAACAUUGACUAAAGUAAAGGAAAAUAACACUAUGGCAGAAACUGUCAGAGACAUGGAUGACAUUGAUGAUAUUUUUUCUUCAUUGGGAGUUUAGAAAUAUAUUUAUGUGAAACUGCUAUAAUUUAUUAAGAAAGGAAGCAGUUCAUGAUUGUGGCUGCUAGAUGGGUCUCCAUAUUGUGCCUCUGAGUGUGGGAGUUCUGCAUUGUACCCAGAAGCAACAAAAAGUAUUGGCCUCCAAUUCCUAUAGAAUUACCACCCAAAUCCUGAAUUAACUUUGGAAGGUCUCUGGAUUGGUUUGAGCUGUUUACCAAGAAUUCUAGGUAGAUUAGCUUUGAGGAAUCUGUGUAUUGGAACAAAUUAGGUACUUAAAACAAAUCUGCCUUGGUCAAGACCCAUAUUCCUUGACUGGCUCUGAUGGUUCCAGCAUGUAUGCUGUGAAGCUGGAAAAUGGAGGUAUUAUACAAAAGGUCUCUAUUAGAUUUACUGGCUUAAUUACAAUGACAUUGCCCUUUAUUAUCAUCAUCCAUGGGGCAUCAGAAUUUCUGGUUUUAGGUAAUUAUGUUGUCUAGUUUUUACAUGAUAUAAAUAGAAUUGAUUACCAAGAAAAGUUAGUGUUAACACUGGUCUUUUCCUCUUUUUUCCAUUUACUCAAAGGUUAAGUGUUUUGAAAAGUUAAAUCUUUUCAGUAUAUGGAAUUAGUAUACUUUUCUUAAAUUUUUACUUAUAUUUCUAUUCUCUUUGAAUAAAAGCUUUUUUUGAGGGGGGUGGGAGUUUUUAAGGCAGGAGAGAUGGAGCAUUUUAUUCCUCUAAAGAUUGUAGGAAAUGCCUGGGCUGUAUUCCUUAAUGAAUUUUUUGGCUUUAAGAAUUAAGCAAAAGAAUCUCCAGUUCUUUUAGUAGGCUAUAUUUGAUGUUUUGGCUAUGGCUUUUGCCACUGAACUAUGACUCUGGAAAAGAGAGUACGAUGGGGAUGUCAGGAGGACCUGAGUUCAAAUGUGGCUUCAAACA